ACGAGUAAAGUUGCGUAGUUGAAAAUAACCCUUCACGGUCAGCUGUGAUUUUGCAGACGAAAAAUGGUGUAUUUUCAUUUCUAAAUACUCGAAAAAAUAUUAAUUAAUUAUUAAAUUGCCGACAAAGUAACAGUACAAUGGCUAGUACGGCCAAAACUGGGCCACAAGAAAUGCCUCCUGCUGGAGGAUAUGGCUCGAUCCAGUGGAAGCGCGUACCACUGAAAACCAUUUUUACACCUAGCCUCACAAUUGGUCUAUACGUUUUGGCCACGACUUUAGGAACAAUAGGAUAUUAUUACUCUUACCAAAAAGUUAAGAGAGACGAAAUUGAAAUGAGAAGUGCUCGGAACGUCAUCUUAGCAUUGAUGUUGGCUGAAAGAGAUCGAGCAUUUUUGAAGCAAUGUCGCAUUAACAGAGAUGAAGAAAGAGAACUCAUGAAGGAUGUUCCUGAAUGGGAAGUUGGUACAUAUUUCAGAGAGCCAGUUUAUAUUACACAACCAAAGAAAUUCCAUGUACCAACCUAUUGGGAAUUUAAUGCUCAUGCUGACAUGUUUGAGGCAACUUACCGUGUUUUACGUCGUCACUUCAUGUAAACAUUGUAGGGUAAUAAUAUAAUUGUAUGCUUAUGUAACAUACAUGCUCAAGUUUUAAGAAGUUGAGCAAUGUUAAUAAAAUUGUUUAAAAAUGAAUAAUAAUUUUAUUCCGUGAAAAGACAACAUAUGUUUAACA